AUAGAGAUUUGAGUAGACAGAUGUGUGUAUCUUAUUUUAAAAGUGUUUCUAGUUUACUUCAUAAUUGCUACCUGCACGUUCACAACUCUUUCUUGCACGACAAAAAGUACACUACUUUAAACCGACAAUCAGCUUUUGAUUUUCAAGGACUGAUUAGAAGCAUUAUCUAUCGUCUGCUCUUAACACGGCGAAAUAGCGAGUAGAGACAUGUUGUUUGGCUUUGACUUCGCACUUCCUGGUGUCUCUCGUCAAAAAUAACUACGAAUCUAUUACAAGAAGCUAAAGUAUCCAUUGUUGGUGUGAUAGAACUCCAUUACAGAAGAUCAGAGGCUAGUAGUUGUGUUUGUAGAACAUGAGGAGUUGUGAACGACUGCCUGUUACAAUGAAACUUUUCAUCAUCAUGUCGUGUCUGCACGCAGCUGUCAUAGCUCAAGGAAACAUUUCAUGUAAGAUCCCACCUGUUGAACCUAUGGGGGCAACAUCUUUGACCUGCACAUUUCCAGAAGAUAUCAGUCUGUCGAAAAAAGAUUUUUCUGUGGUACAUACGACCAACAACAACAGGCCAGUCCUCGACUGCUUAUGGACAGGAGGUAACUUGGAAUGUUUUGACAAAGCAGGCUACACAUUCAAUCGGACAGUAACCAAUCAACUGACCAUCGUGAUUCCACAAGCAUUUAUCAACAUGACUGGAGACUAUUACUGUAAAGUAUCUGACAGUACAAACUUCAACAUUCAGCACUGUCAGCUAGAAUUUAGACAAGAUUCGAACGAUAACGGAAAUGAUACCAAUGAUACAAUACUGAAGAUAAUACUGAAGAAGGCAAUCUACCAUUAGCAAUCGGGCUUGGUAUUGGACUCGGUUGCUUAACUGUGAUAGCAAUCGCAGUAUUGAUCUUUAUAUUGAGAAGACGAAAGCCCAAACGUCAAAAUCCAGUGUUUGAAGAACAUCCAUUAAUCAACCAACCGAACGAUGUCGACAACGGUGGCUCUUCAGAAAAUACAUUUGAAGGAUAUUUAAAGAAAACAGCUCAUAAAAUGUAUCCAAAAAAGACCACAUCGUAUUAUUUUGUUCCUCCGGUCUACUUUAACAGACACGGCUAUCAAAAAAAGUCAGAUGAUAAUAAUGAAGAUAUCUACGUCCCUAAAGAGACUGAUGAAAAUGUUGUAAAACACGACCGAGCCAUACAACACUUCUUGCAUUGCCUACGUCAGAUGGCAGAGGAAGAGAACGAACAAAUGUUUGUCUUGACACAGUUCAAGUAUGAAGACUAUUUGACAAAUGUGAACACUAAGUACGAGGAACAUGGUCUGCCGAUGCCUGAUGGUCUGGAAGGCCAGGACGUUAAUGUAGGGUGUUUUGACUUUCUCAUUAUUCAUCGUUAUCACGGAGUGUUGGUUGGGGUCGUCAAAGCAGUCAGCGACAAUGAUGUGACAAAAGGAAAUGACAAGAAAAAGACGACAGCUGACGAAGUGGAUCAAGCUGUUAAACAACUUAAAAAAGCAGAAAACAUGAUAAAACAUCUAAUGUCAGCAGAUACGAGAUCGUUUCCCAGAAUCCAUCAGACCUUAAUAGUGCCCAAUUUAUCUAGCACCUCACUCCGGCAUGCUAUCGCGCGGACAAAACUGGUUCAGAGACUUCAAAAUCGCAUGGAUAUGGACGGCUAUGGAGAGCCUAUCAACCAUUGCCUGUGUAGGGACCAGUUGUCAGACCCGAAAACGCCGUGGAAAGUGAAACCGAAAGUAGUCGAAAAUAUGAAAAAAUGGUGGAACUCGGUAACGACCGCUACAGAUGAUGAAACCAGAAUGAAUGACGAUCUAUACGAAGACAUGAUAGCCAGGUUUUUUGGUCCAGCCACUCAAUCUAAACUGAAAUUUAAAGAUGACCAAGAAGAAACUCUUCCUAAGAUUCUGGCUGAGGCCGUGUCCUUGACGGGAGAUUUGUACAGCAGCAAUAUGUUAGACAAAGACAAAGAAGAAGUACUGAAACAUCCCAUAUCAUUCCUGGUGGGACCCCCAAACACUGGUAAAACAAGAAUGCUCACACUUGCAGGAAACAAAUGGCUAUCUGAAGGGCAUGAUGUUUUUAUUGUAAAAGACGCAACUUCUAAGACUGAUCCUUUUCUCUCUCAACACCUGAAAGGGUCAAUAGAGCGAAAAGUUAAAAAGGAUGGUACUCAGAGUCCACAUGUUUUUGACGAAAAAUGCGAUUUGACAUCAAAAGAAUCAAUAGAGGAAUGCGUCAACAGAAUCAUUAACAAAAAGCCCAGAAAUGAGAAUGAACUAAUUUGCAUACUUCUUGAUGUUGCACAUCUUAAAGGAAAAUACGUCAACAAUUUCGAUGAAACACUCCACAGGCUGUCACCUUCCUCCAACUUAUGGGUUAGUUGUUCAAGGGAUAUGAGCCCUAGUAAGGGUUAUGUCAUGAAAUUCAAGCAAAUUCUCAACUGCCCACCAGUUGUGGUAAGAGAAGCGCUAAAGGUGAGCAAUGAAAGGAAUGAAGAUGUGAAGCAUGCACAUGACUACCUGCGCCCUACAGACGGACCCCCAGUAAAGCACAUCAAUUACAAUCUGUCAGUGGCUUCUCCACAAGAGAGUCGAGAGUUGGGGAUGCUGGUUGGCGAGUUCCUUGCCGAAGAUCUUUGUGUUACGAGAACUGAUAAACCAGAAUGGAGUAAGGUGCAAGCUUUGCCUCUGACUCACAAAGAUAUUUUCAUUUUAUUUGAAUCAAGCACUCCUAUAAACGAAGAGAGCAAAUUCUUGGAAGGUCUGAGAGAUAAAAGCAUUAGAGUGCAGGCUGUCAAGAUAGAGGACGACAAUGUUGUUGUUGAUGAAAGACUCAACACCGCAUGGGCCAUGAAUGUCUGCCACAUGCAGCUGUACAGAAUGAAAAGAAAAAUUGUUGUUUACGUGCAGUCAUAUUUCAAUGAUAAAGAAAACAAACAAAGAGCCAUUACAAGCUGCACCUCUCAGCUGAUAUUGGUUCAACCAAAGGCAAGGCUUUAUUCAAAGGCAUCAUCAUUGGAUGAUACUACAUGUAAUAAAGUGUAAAAUGAAUAACACAAAGAUUUCAUUACGCACAGAUUUUAGAUAUUAUGAAAUUAUUCAUUUAAGAAUACUUUUUUCUCUUCCAAGGUUGUGCUUGUUUAGAGAUGUCAGUUUCUUCAAUUUUUUGAAGUGCUAAAUAUACAAUUUUUAUAGUUCCUUUUUAAUAUUAUAUAUAUAUUAAUAUAAACAACGUUUGGAUGCACUUGACAAACUUUCAUAUAGUAAUGAAAAAAGCAUCAUGAGUGCUUUUAGCCUUCCUUCUCAAAUAAUUUAGACUUCAGUUAUUUCCUCUCUAUUGCAGUAUUUAUGUACAGUUAGUUUCAACACACUUUUGUUUACAGGAUUUGAUUUUUUAUAAAAAUAAAAUUUAAGAAAAAUAUUUUCAUGCAUUCUUUAAAUAGCAUGCUUAUUCAAUGUGUUGUUAAAGCCAAGUAAGGCGAUUAAUAUGUCAAUAAGCUAAUAACACUUUCGCACGCUUCUUUUGUUUUUUGUGUUGUACUUAACAUAAACCAUGUUGCACAAAAAAAUGAGACUAGACUUGAAGUUCAUGUGGAGCAAUAGUUACAAAUUGUCAAAUGACCACUGUCUGUUUUACCUCUGUAAGUCUCGUAUUUGGCUUGUUCUUACUGUCUUGUUGCCAUAAUUACUGUAUUCCUUUUGUUUAUUUCAGUUUUAGUCAAUGAUAAUAAUUGCUGCGCUGGAGAAAGCAUUGAUCAAGAUAUGAGUAAUUUUAAGCUAAGAAAAAUAUAUAUCUAUAUAUGUAAACUUAAAGAUAGUACAAUUUAGUUUUAUCUUUUACCUGUUUUAUCAGUUAUAAUUGCCAGUUAUAGUACCUUUGUUCUAUGCUCUUGUUUAAUCGAAAGGUAAAUGUCUUCUGUCGAAAUGUAUGAUAUAAAUUUACAUAGUCUGUGAUCCGCUUAUGAACAAAGGAUAAUAUACACUCAUGUUCAUUUAAUUUUUUGAUGGCGCUUACCUUUAUUGGGUAAUGUGCGAUUUGUAUUUGUUGAUGGGUACUUAAAUCUACAUGCAAUAUAUGAUGUUUUGAUAUUCUAUUUUCUAAAUGUUAAUAUUUGGUUUUGUUUACAUAAUUUUCACUUUUGUGUCCACAAAUCAAGGAAAACAACAGCUGUGAUUACACAAUUUUGUAUUGAAAUUUUCAGAACUUUGUAAGUUGACCAGGGUGAUUGUCGCUUAAUGUUUUCUAAACAUAUCUAGCAGAAUUACAAUGCGAUUGUUCGAUUCAUCAUAACUUUAUUAUUCAAGAGACUACGACAAAAGACAAAAUUACACCCAAACAAAAAUGUCUUCAAAGUAUUUUAUAUUUGAGUCAAGAAUCAUUACAGGAACUCAAAACAUUUGUUGCAUUUUAAUAGUGAAUGGCGACACACUAUAAUUUAAUGUUACGUUCUUGUUUUUUAUAUCUGGAUAUAUAUAUUUAUAUGUGUGUUCAAGGUAGCAGACUACUUAAACAUUAUCGUGUAAAAUUGCUCCCUUGUGCGGUGUCAUUUUGCUGUUGGUAUUGUAUUUAUGUGUAUUUAAAUGUGAUUAUACAGUAGCAAAUAUGAACGGCAAAUGCACGCCACUAUCAUACCUUAUUUGAUUACAUUUUUCUAUUUUUUCUAAGUUAAUGAAUUGAAAUAAACAUAUAUUAAUGUUAUUUUACAGUUUGUUGAUGGUGUAUUGUGCUCCUAGAUAUUUUGUAAUAAAAUAGAUGUUAUUCAUUCAUAAAUGGGCAAGAUUGUAUAUGUCAUGACUCAUGAGGUAACUUUAAAAGGAUUGUAAAAUGGCCCACAAUUGUUGAGAAGCCAGAGACCACCUGCAUGAAGGAAGGAGUAUGUGCAAGCGUAGAGAUGUUAGAUGGGGUAGACACCUGUAAGAGGUUACAGUACGCCAAGAGUGAACCUAUGGUUAGCAGAGAUGUCAAUGAUGUCUACGAAGAGAGCAAUCAACGAUUAGUAACAGCUCUGUAACAUCGGAAAUAAAACUACAAAUAUAGUACUGAAACAACCUCUAGAUGAGUCAUUCAAUGGUAUAUAUGUAUGUCUUAGCACGUUGUACCUUUUAAAUAAAUCUUUAUUGUUGUAUUGCAAGUCA